AAUGUGCCCGGGCUGUGGUUCUUACCGGAAAUACGUUACACAAGUGGGCACCUGACUACUCACUAAUACUGCAAGUGUGGAUACUGUGACAGACCCCUGUCUUUGUUUCCUAGCGGAAACGAAGCCACAUCUUAACUUUUGCAGCCCGGACGAGUUAUGAAGGUGCACUAUUUUGCGUUUAGUGGGGGCGUGCUAUGUGCAGUUGUCACUGAAAUGUAUCCCCAGGUAUUGGGACGGAGAUGACUGGUGUGCUCUACUAUACCAAGAACAUGAAUGAUCAGCCAUGGACCAAAUCACUUUUCAUCAGGAUACUGUGCUCUCAGAUGUUCACAUGUUGCUGCCUAAUGCACACCACCUUAUGACACGCCUCAACCAUGUUGGACAGCCUGUCUUCAUCUCCAAAUUCAAGAUCUUGUCAGAUGCUGAAAGGCAUGAUGUAAAUGACCCAGGGAAGAGUUUACUGGAGGAGGAGAAAUAUGAUGACCCAAGGGAAGACUGGGAAAAAGACCCAAAUGCCACCCAGGAAAAAGUUGAUGAGGGAAAUGUGGAACCAUGCUUGGAUGAGGACGGAGACCUUGACAUAGCACAUCGACCGAGGAAAUACCCUACGGAAGGUAGUGACCGAGACUUGGUCUGUCCGAUCAUUCUCAAACACUCCAACCCUCUGCCGGAACAAGAAGAACAUAAUACGAAUGAUGAAGCUGAUAAAUGCUUCAAAGACAUUAUUAGAAUUGAGCACACUAUGGCCACACCCCUGGAGGAUGUUGGCAAACAGGUGUGGCGAGGGGCAUUACUCUUGGCUGACUUCAUCCUCUCUAAGAUGGUCAUGUUCAGAGGAGCUACAGUCCUAGAGCUGGGCGCAGGAACAGGCUUAACCAGCAUCAUCAUGGCAACCAUAGCCAAAACAGUGUACUGCACAGAUGUGGGGGAAGACCUUCUUAGCAUGUGCAAGAGAAAUGUAACAUUAAACAGACACAUGACAGAGCCUGCAGGUGGUGAUGUGAGAGUGAGACAGCUGGAUUGGCUUCAGCAUGGCCUUUGUACAGAUACUGAUGUGGAAUUUAGCUGGACGGAGGAGGAAGUAGCAGAUAUGUAUAACAACACUAGUUUCAUCAUUGCUGCUGACGUAUGCUAUGAUGAUGAUCUGACAGAUGGCCUUUUCCGAACACUGUAUCAACUCUGCAGUAACUUUACUCAAACCUGCAUGAUAUUCAUCUCCAUAGAAAAAAGGAUGAACUUCACCCUGCAACACAUGGAUGUUUCCUGUGAGGCUUACAACCAUUUCAGUCACUGUAUGUCCCAACUCCAGGGCCUAGUGGAUGGACGGUGCAGCUUCAGAGUGGAACAGCUCCCUUCUAACUUCACACAGUUUCUUGUGUAUGAACGCAUAGAGCAACUGAGUUGUCUGCCAUCGAUGAUGUCGCUGCCAAGGCAGACCUACCGCCACCACUGGACUGCAGCUCGCCCAUACUGUCUUGCAGCUUUGGAGCUCAAAGCUCUGUGUCUUCAUCACAGGCCAGAUGAGAGCUGGUGAUCGAGGAGGUGUGCUAGAGGAAUUGGCAAACAUGAUCAACGUGUGUCUCCUCCUCAAGGGAAGAGAUAAGGAUGUCAUCCAGAAUAAGUAACAUUACUGUGUGCUGGGAUUGAUUGUGGCAUGUGCACCCACACAAUGCCACCAAACCAAGGUCUGGAUCACUGGGGACAGCUACAUCCGAUGUGGGGCCCAGGGAGCUACAGACACCAUGGGGAGCAGCCUGCAUCCAAACAUGAAGAUCAUCUUCUCUGGCAUCACCCAGAGGUACAAGUGGAUGCAGAUGGAAAGCUGGUGCCAAUCCCAGCACGAUGUACAAGACUCACAGAAGAAGCUGAACUGGAUGUGGUUUUCUGGCAUUAUCAUCACAACCCAUUUGAGAACUAAGGAUGUUAUCCAUGGAGUCUCCCCUUUCUACAACCAGAUGAUCCACUGCCAAAAUCCACUGCUCCCUACAUGAUGUCUUCCUUCUGUUGGCACUGGUCAUUCAGUUUUCAGUGUGGAUACCUUUCAAAUUACAGUAAAAGACAACGCUUAAGUUAAGAUAUGGUGGAUCCCAAUGAAUCACAUACAUAUACCAGCUUGUCAGACUAGGUGCAUGAAUGUCUGCUUCAGUUGAGGACUAUCGUGUAUGAAUUUAUAGUAUUAAAUGAGCAAACUCAUACAUGAAAAAUGUUCUUCUAUAAAAUUUACAUUGUACAUAAGAACACACUUCUAACUUUUUUGUGAUAUAAUCUUUGUAUAAAUGAACAGCAUUUCUAAAUAGAGAUUUUCUAGCAUUUGUGUAUGAGUCAUCCUAAAAUAGUCUUCUGCGUCCUCAUACCGAAUAUCAGACACACCAAAAUGAAAGAGAGAGCGUAACACAGGAAACAGUGUUAUACAUUAACAAUAACUGUGGUUAAUUUCAAAGUAUCAUAUUGAAAAGAUUUCCUGUUUUGGGCUUUCCAUAUACUUUAGGAAAAAGCUGUAAUAACUUCACAUUUACAGUAGGUGAGGGAAUUUUCUUCUCCAGCCUAUCUGUGCUGCAAUUUGAGUGUUAUAUUUAACUGUAGUGUCAGUCACUACUUUUAAUAUAUUGUGGGUGUUCAAUCUUCUAAUCUACAUUCCAUUAAAAAAUAAUUCUUACAACAUGUAAAUUGGUUUUAAUUCUACAUCAGACUUAAUCAAUGUCUAUGAUUUGUGUAAAUAAUGUUGUAACCCAUUCACUUAUUAGCAUCCUCAUUUCCCCUCGUCUCGUUUCUCCCUUGCGUCCCUCCCACAUGAGAUGCAAGCUGAGGAGCAAGAAGAGGGAUAAAUAAAAAUCAAACUAAACUCUUCAUCACCUAAAGGAAAUCUAAAAAAAUAAAAAAUAAAAUCUUAAAAGUUGUGCAUUCAGACGCAAUAGUCCAGAAUGAUGUGUAUGUUAACAGUCUGCACUAACAAGGCACCACAUCUGCAAUGUCCAUCUUCAAUGGAAAUUAAUUGUUUAUACUUCAGAACGGUACAAUGCACAUUAAUUUACAUGAGCAUUUGACUCCAUCAUGUAAAUGUCCCAAAUUUAUCCCUACUGGCUAAAUUUUAUCUUCAGACCCUGGCAGGUUGAUUAAUUAUUAUAAAAAUGUUAAAAGAAAACAUGCAAAAGCACAUAAGCAUAGACAAAUAUUAAAACUAUGCAAGAAUUAGCAGGCAACAAGCAGCCAUUAGCACAUAAGAGAUCAUUAAAGCAAGAGAUAAAGACCCUGGCACCCAGCUAUACAACAUUCACAUCAUAGGGGAAAUUAUGCAGCAUGGCAACAAACAAGCUUGUAGCACAGGAACACACAAAGCAUAGCAUAAAUAUGUAACUGGUGUCAUACACCUCUAGGCUACUCCAGAUUUUGAGCGCAUUUUUGAUUGUCCAGUAAUCACAAUAUUUGGGUAAAUUAAAAGUAAGACAUCCGAAAAACGCUAUAGCCUACUAUCUGUCUACCAGUGCCGCUUGUGAACUGACAAUCUGUUGAUAAAAAAGGAAGUAAAUUUAUGCUAUUCCUACCCAGCCAGCAUAAUUUGACAUCUACACUCCAUAGCUACAUGUACAACGGUGGCAAACAACUUUUAUCACCUGUUUAAUUUAAGAGACAUAGCAGAUAUCCAUAGUUAAGAUAGAUAGAUGUCAUACUUAAUGAGAACAUAGAAAGUUAACGUUACCGUUUAAUUUACCUGAAGAUUAUGUUAACCUGAAAUAACCUUAACCUAAAUUAAUGCAGUGCAUUACACUGACGCAAUACACUGAAACUUGGUCACAUGGGCCAGAAACACAUAACAAGCAUUGUUAGCUUAACGUUGGGUAAAUUUACCUUUUUAUGGGUCUUUAAAUAGCUACCGCUACAUUAACGCAUGGGUUAACAGUGGUUAACACAGGUUAUAUAUACAUAAAUAUAUGUAUAUAUAAAUGAGUAUAUAGGCUGUAUAGCCAAAAUAAAGCUAUCAUAUAGCUGUAAUAACUUUAGGUUAGCCUCUUGUAAUUACAGUAACAAUUUGCAGAAAACAAACUACUGCAGCAUGGGUAACUAUGCUGAAAAAAUGAUUGAAUCCAUUACAUUUGUAUUUUUCAAGGUUGCUGUGGAGGAAUUGCAAUUGCAGCUGUGUUCUAAAUUUCACCUUCUACCCUUCAAAAAAUCUUAACCUUUUCAACUCCUGUGAAAUGCACUUCACUGGUAUAUUCUACUUCUACCCCCUCACCUCCGUCCAGUGGUGAACAAAGCAGUACCUCUGGGAUUCCAGAUCCAAAAAGGAGGAGAAAAACUGAAGAUGCCAUACUGAAGAGGUUGGAGAGGAUAGAUCAAAAAAUUUUCUCAACAAAACAAUGAAAAUGUGAGGUUCCCUCAAAAGAAGUCAGCUGUGAAAUUCAAGAUCUUCCGACUGCUUUAUGAGGCUGGCUGUCAUUCAGAGGAUGAGUCAUAGGAGGCAAAAACAUGUACUAAGUAGAGGGCAUUUUUGCUUAACUGUGUCCUUCAACCAUUGUUAAUAAUUGUUUAUGAUUUGCACAGAUUUUUUAAAUAAGGUUUACAGUUAACUUAGUUGAAAAGUAAGGUUCAAGUUAAAGCCCCUAAAUAAAUACAAGAAACAGCUUUUGAAUGUUUUUAUUUUCUUUCCAUGUUACAUUUUUACA